AUGGAAUACUCUCUUUUGGGGGACCCCGUAAUUCGCCCCACGUGGUGGCUGGACGCAGACAGCAGCAGCAACAGCAGCAACAGCAGCAGCAGCAACAACAGCAGCAGCAGCAACAGCAGCAGCAGCAGCACACAGUCGUUUCUUUUGGGCAGCCAGGUGUACAUACAGCCCAUCGUCCACUCCAUGCUCACAGACAGCACUCAUCAGCAGCCGCAGCAGCAGCCGCAGCAGCAGCAGCAGCAGCAGCAGCAGCAGCAGCAGCAGCAGCAGCAGCAGCAGCAGGAGAAGCUGCCGCAGCAGAAGCAACAGCAGCAGCAGGCAAUUGAGUUACAUCUACCCCGUGGAUUUCUCUGGUACGACGCUGAGACGGGUGCGGUUUGCUGCAGCGCGAGCAGCUCAGGGCAGCCUCCGGCAGAGGCAGAAGCAGAGUGCGGCGCAGCAGCAGCAGCAGCAGGCCGCAGCAGCAGCAGCAGCAGCAGCAGCAGCAGCAGCAGCAGCAGCUUUCCUCUGACGCUGCGACGCAUCCCAGUGUUUGUGAGAGGCGGCUCCGUCAUCGCCACGAGAGAAACGGCGACGCCCUCGGCCCUCCUCGGCCUACAAACCCCCCUCACGAGCUCGCUUGCUGCAGCAGCAGCAGCAGCAGCAGCAGCAGCAAGACAGCAGCAGCAGCAGCAGCAGCAGCAGCAGCAUAGAAAGGGGGAGCCGCCUGCUCGUCUGGCCUGCAGCAGCGCCGCUGCCCCUGCUGCAGCAGCGACUCCGGAGCAGCAGGCAGCAGCAAAAGAGCAGCAGCAGCAGCACGAGGCGAUCCGUGCACGCCUGGCAGAACUCCUGCAGCAGACAACGGAGGCAGACGAACUGCAGCAGCAGCAGCAGCAGCAGCAGCAGCAGUUUGCUGCUCCUUGCUACCGCGUGCUUGUCGCUACCCCCGGGUUGUCUGCUGCUGAUCCCUCUUGGGCGCCUUGCUACCGCGUGCUUGUCGCUACCCCCGGGUUGUCUGCUGCUGAUCCCUCUUGGGCGCUGGAGCUGCUGCUGUAG